UUAUUAUACAUUAGUACGUAGUAGAAAUAUAUAGAGGUAUUACAAAAAGUAGGAGAUUCAUCAUUUUUAGUCAUUAAUUACAUCAUAAAGUACCGCAAAGCCUAAUCGUGAAAUCCCCAUACGUAUACAUACGUACUACCCUCUGAUACUUAGCCAAAAAAGCAGAGGUUUUUAUGAUCAUUACCAUCAUCAUUAUGACCAUGACUAAUUAAGAAGAAGGAAAAGAAGAGAGUACUCCAUAGUAUAUAUAGUAAAGUUAGCCAAAAUUUCGACCCAUGUGAUGUGAUGAUCGACUUGAUCAGAGCCACAGAGCGCCAGCCCGUUUGAGCAUGGCAGACAAGGAACCAUUGAGAUGAAGGGUCAUGAUCUCAUUGGCGCCGCCGACAAGGUUCCCGCCGAUGAACACCACCGGAAAGUCACCGGCAACACCGUGUCGAGCCAAGGCCUGCUCGAUCUCCCGGCCACCGGGGACCUGGUCGAGCUCGUAGACGGUGGGGUUGACGCCAAAGUCGAAGAACAAGGUUUUGAUGGUGUGGCACAUGCAGCACGUGCUCUUGCUGAACACCACCACCGGCCUCUCCGCCGCCAUUUGGAACACUCGAUCCAUUUCUUUUUGAGAAGGAUGAGGAGUGGGCAAUGGAACAGUGAAUAAAAUAGUGGACUUGUGGAUGGGUUGAAUUUGGUUU